CAAACACAAAUACGCGCGCUUCUUUCUUUUCCAUAGCUGCUGCUUGCUUCUCUUCUCUUCUCCUUCCUCUCUCCCGUCGCAGAACCUCCCUCUUCAGGAAGAAAAAAGAAAGAGUAAUCCGAAUCGGAAACGACUGUUGUUUACAAUGGCAGGGACUGAAGUGGAAAAUGGUGGGAACAAGGAAUUGAAGGAAGAGACUAGCUUGGGACUCACCUAUCGGAAGGCUGAAAACUUCGAUGAGUGGUAUUCCGAGGUUGUCGUUAGUGCGGAAUUGAUUGAGCACUAUGAUAUUUCUGGUUUAUAUAUUCUGAGGCCUUUGGCAGUGGAAAUAUGGGAAACUUUGCAAGCUUUUUUUGAUUCUGAAAUAAAGAAGAUGAAAGUCGAGAACUGCUACUUUCCUACAUUUGUGCUGGAAAGUCACUUAAAAAAGGAGGAGGACCAUUAUAAUGGUUUCUCACAAGAGGUUGCUUGGGUGACAAAGUCUGGAAAAUCUGAUUUGGAAACACAUCUUGCUCUGCGUCCUAGUAGUGAAACUAUAAUGUAUUCCUACUUCUCUAAGUGGAUAAGGGGACAUCGUGACUUGCCUCUGAAACUUAAUCAAUGGUGCAAUGCUGUUAGAUGGGCGGUCGGAGAUCCCACACCAUUCAUCAGGAGUCGUGAGUUUCUUUGGCAAGAAGGACACAGUGCUUUUGCAACAGAGGAUGAAGCACAUGCAGAGGCACUUGAGAUACUGGAAUUAUACAGGCGUAUAUACGAAGAGUAUUUAGCCGUUCCUGUCAUAAAGGGUACAAAAAGUGAAGUUGAUACAUUUGGCGGUGCAAUUUACACCAACACUGUCGAGGCAUUUAUCCCAAACACUGGUUGUGGGAUACAAGGGGCAACCACUCAUUGUUUGGGUCAAAAGUUUGCUUCAAAGUUUGAGUUAAACUUUGAAGACAAGAAGGGAGAUAAAGCAAUGGUUUGGCAGAACUCAUGGGGCUAUUCUACUCGAACUAUUGGAGUGACAGUGAUGGUUCAUGGUGAUGACAAAGGGUUGGUGCUACCUCCUAAAGUAGCAUCAACUCAAGUCAUUGUGAUCCCAGUGCCUUACAAAGAUGCCGACACUCAAGAAGUCUACGACACUUGUAAAACAACUGUGAAUAUGUUGUGUGAAGCAAAAAUUCGUGCUGAGUUAGAUUCUAGAGAUUACCUUUCUCUUGAAAGGAAAUCUUCUGAAUGGGAGAUGAAAGGGGUUCCUCUAAGAAUUGAGAUUGGGUCAAACGAUUUAGCAGAUGAACAGGUUUGUGUUGUUCAACGUCAUAAUGGAGCAAAAAUGGGCAUUGCUGCUAAUGCUGAUUUAGUUGAAGAAAUAAAAAAGAUGCUCAAUAAUAUUCAACAAAAUAUGUUCGAUGUUGCAAAGCGAAAACAAGAUGAAUGUAUUCAAGUCAUACAAACAUGGGAUGAGUUUGUAGAAGCUUUGCAUCAAAGAAAGAUUAUCUUAGCUCCUUGGUGCGACGACAAGGUGGUGGAAUUAGAUGUCAAAGAAAAGACUGAGAAUGAGAUGGGAGCAGUUAAGAUUCUUUGCAGUCCCUUUGAUCAGCCAAAACUCCUAGAAGGAACCAAGUGCUUUGCAUCGGGUAAGCCUGCAAAGAAGUGGACAUACUGGGGCCGAAGUUACUAGGUGCUGCAUUGCAAAGAAAUGGACAUACUGGGGCCGAAGUUACUAGGCGCUGCAUUGCAAAGAAGUGGACAUACUGGGGCCGAAGUUACUAGGCGCUGCGUUGCAAAGAAUUGAUGAUUUAUGUUGUCUAACAAAUUACUAAAUUGCUUUAGCUUCAUGUAUAAAACUUUAGUUUUAUUUUUUAAGUAGCUUUAGCAUGUUCUCACACAGUUUUUUUUUUACCAACUCAUAGUCUUGACCCAAUGAUGAUUCAUUGAACCAAUUGAACAAAAAUUCAUAACUUUCGCCAA